CCGGAGCGGCAGGGCGGUGCGCGGUCGCGGUCCGCCGCCACUUGGGUGCGGAAUCCGAGCUGGACUUGCGGAGCACCCCCUCCCCCUCCGCUUCUCCCUCCCUCUCCGUAGAGCAUCAUCGGCGGCGGCGGCGGCGGCAGUGGCGGCGGUCGCAGAAAACCGAGAGCCGCGGAGCGCCUGGAGGCGAGUGGAGGAGCUGGGAUAUGGGGCGUCCGCGGGGGCGGCCGGGCCCGGAGCCCUUGAGAACGCCUGGGAGGGGAGCGGCCUCGGGCGUUUGUAGCGCGUGAGCCGUGGAGAGCCCGUGAGGGCGGAGGCGGGGCCCGGCGUGGAGCAGGCUCGCCCAGCUGCUGCCUCCCGCCCUGGCCCGGCUGCCUCCGCCAGGGCCGGCGGCUAUGGAGCAGGCAGGCGGCCGACCCGGGGCGACCGAGCAUCCGCGACCCCCGCGGCCCUUGCCCUGGCUGCUGUUUCUGUCUCUCCGGCUGCUGCUGGUGCUGCUGCCAGGCCCAGCGGCCUCCCAGCUACGGUACACCGUGCCGGAGGAGCAGAGCCCGGGCGCGCUCGUGGGCAACGUGGCGAGAGCCUUGGGGCUGGAACUGCGGCGCUUGGGACCCGGCUGCCUGCGCAUCAACCACCUGGGUGCACCCAGCCCGCGCUACCUGGAGCUGGACUUGACCAGCGGAGCGCUCUUCGUCAACGAGCGCAUAGACCGCGAGGCGCUGUGCGAGCAGCGGCCUCGCUGCCUGCUCGGCUUGGAAGUGCUGGCGCACAACCCGGUGGCAGUGAGCGCAAUCGAGGUGGAGAUAUUGGACAUCAAUGACAACUCUCCGCGCUUCCCGCGGCCGGACUACCAGCUUCAGGUAAGCGAAUCCGUGGCACCGGGAGCGCGGUUUCACAUAGAGAGCGCACAGGACCCCGACGUCGGCGCCAACUCAGUGCAGACCUACGAGCUCAGCCCCAGCGAGCACUUUGAGCUGGACCUUAAACCCCUGCAGGAGAACAGCAAGGUGUUGGAGCUCGUGCUGCGGAAGGGCCUAGACCGUGAGCAGACUGCCUUGCACCACUUGGUUCUCACUGCGGUGGACGGGGGCAUCCCAGCUCGCUCAGGCACGGCUCAGAUCUCUGUUCGUGUCCUGGACACCAACGACAACUCUCCUGCCUUUGACCAGUCCACUUACCGAGUCCAGCUGCGGGAGGACGCUCCUCCAGGCACCUUGGUAGUGAAGUUGAAUGCCUCAGACCCAGAUGAGGGUUCUAAUGGUGAACUCAGGUACUCCUUGAGCAGCUACACAUCAGACCGGGAGAGACAGCUCUUCAGCAUCGACGCCACUACCGGGGAAGUGAGGGUAAGUGGGACACUGGAUUAUGAGGAGUCUUCGUCCUAUCAGAUCUAUGUGCAAGCGACUGACCGGGGACCAGUACCCAUGGCGGGUCACUGCAAGGUGUUGGUGGACAUUUUGGAUGUGAAUGACAACGCUCCAGAGGUGGUGCUCACAGACUUAUACAGCCCGGUGCCUGAGGAUGUUGCCCUCAACACUGUUGUGGCCCUUCUCAGCGUGAACGACCAAGAUUCGGGCCCCAACCGGAAGGUAAGCCUGAACCUAGAGGCUACGCUGCCCUUCCGGCUGAAUGGCUUCGGAAACUCCUAUACACUGGUGGUGAGUGGCCCGCUGGACCGUGAGCGGGUAGCUGCCUACAACAUCACGGUGACAGCCACUGACGGGGGGACACCACCGCUCACAUCCCAAAGGACACUGCAGGUUGAGGUCUCCGACGUCAACGACAAUCCGCCAAGCUUCCUGAAGGACUCUUACUCCAUCUAUGUCCAGGAAAACAACCUGCCGGGUGUGUUGCUUUGCACUGUGCAAGCCACAGACCCAGACCAAAAGGAGAACGCGGAGGUGACCUACUCCCUCGUGGACAGGGAGGUUCAAGGGCUGCCCGUCACCUCCUACGUCUCCAUCAACAGCGCCAGUGGCAGCCUUUAUGCGCUCAACUCCUUCGACUACGAGAAGUUUCGAGAGUUUUUCGUGACUGUGGAGGCUCAGGACAAGGGGAGGCCACCGCUAAGUAGCACCGUGACCGCCAAUGUGUACGUGGUGGACAUGAAUGACCACGCCCCCCAUAUUCUAUACCCUACCUCAACCAAUUCAUCAUCAGCCAUUGAGAUGGUGCCCCGGACUGCCCCCGCUGGCUACCUGGUCACCAAAGUCAUAGCCAUGGACUCAGACUCUGGGCAGAAUGCUUGGCUCUUUUACCAUCUCGUCCCAACUUCUGACUCAGACCUCUUUAAAGUAGAGCUUCACACGGGAGAAAUUAGGAUUACCAGAAAGAUAGGAGAUGAGAGUGGUACCACUUUCAACCUGACUGUGGUGGUUCGCGACAACGGAGAGCCACCUCUGUCGGCUACUGUGGCUAUUACAGUAGCUGUGGUGGACAGGGUUUCUAAAAUGCUCCCUGACACUCAGAGACAUAUAAAGAGUCCCCGGACAUACUCUGAAAUCACACUUUAUCUGAUAAUAGCGUUAAGCACAGUGUCUUUUAUAUUUCUCUUGACAAUCAUUGUUCUGAGCAUCAUCAAAUGCUACCGCUACACUGCUUACGGCACGGCGUGCUGCGGAGGUUUCUGUGGGGUGAGGGAGCGGAGCCCUGCCGAGCUGUACAAACAGGCCAACAACAACAUCGAGGCCAGGAUACCACAUGGCCUCAAAGUACAGCCUCACUUCAUUGAGGUUCGAGGCAACGGCUCCCUCACCAAGACCUACUGCUACAAGGCCUGCCUGACAGCAGGCUCAGGGAGUGAUACUUUCAUGUUUUACAACACAGGAGCCCAGACAGGGUCAGGACCUGGGGGAACCCAAGGCUCAGUGACUGACAACAGGCAACUCAGGAGCCAAAAUAGGCAGAGUGCUGGGAACCUGAUUAUCUUAAAAAAUGAGGCUGUCUCUCAAAAUGAGCCUCGUCAGCCCAACCCUGACUGGCGUUACUCUGCUUCCUUAAGAGCAGGCAUGCACAGCUCUGUUCACCUGGAGGAGGCGGGCAUCCUACGGGCUGGUCCAGGAGGGCCUGAUCAGCAGUGGCCAACAGUAUCCAGUGCAACACCAGAACCUGAGGCAGGAGAAGUGUCCCCUCCGGUGGGUGCUGGUGUCAACAGCAACAGCUGGACCUUUAAAUACGGACCAGGCAACCCCAAACAGUCCGGUCCCGGUGAGUUGCCAGACAAAUUCAUUAUCCCAGGAUCUCCUGCAAUCAUCUCCAUCCGGCAGGAGCCUGCUAACAACCAAAUUGACAAAAGCGACUUUAUAACCUUCGGCAAAAAGGAGGAGACCAAGAAAAAGAAGAAAAAGAAGAAGGGUAACAAGACCCAGGAGAAAAAAGAUAAAGGAAACGGAACGACUGACAACAGUGACCAGUGAGGCCACCAAAUGGAAACAAGCCACUUAGCCAGUUUUUGUAACAAUGGCAAAUCUCUCCCAUGUAGCAACCCCCUGAUCCUUUCUCCUAUGACAUGAGCCCUCCUAGAGACCUCAGAAAUCUGCAGAAAGUUCCCUGUGUCUGUCUUGAUUGCAUUUAACAGGUUUUGUCUUGAAAAGCUUUCCUAAGUCUGGUGUUAACUCUUUCUCUCCACUCUGGCUUGUUUUCAGAACCUAAAAAGCAGACCCAAGUUUCCUUUCUCCUCCGCCGCAAAGGAGAGGCUUCCCAGCCCCGCCAGUGAGAG